AUUGAUUGCAAUAUUAUUGGCCCUGCAGUGGAUAGAAGAGAGGGAAACAAAUAACACUGUUAUUGCAUCUGAUAGUUUGUCUGCACUUAUGAGUAUUAAAUCUGGCAAAACAUUAUUUAGAUCCAAUAUCAUUAAUAAUAUAUUCAUUAUGUUAUACAGGAUGAAGCUAAAGGGGCUAUCCACAUGCUUUCUUUGGGUUCCUGCUCAUGUCGGCGUGGAGGGGAAUGAGCAGGUGGAUAUGCUGGCCAAAGGAUCACUCAAAAUUAAACACGUAGACUUAGAAACCCCAUUAAAUAAAGAAGAAGCUAAGUCAAUUAUCAGGAAGUAUGCACAGUCCGUUUGGCAAGGGUAUUGGGAUAACAGUGAAACUGGAAGGCAUUUAUAUAAUGUACAGAGACAGGUUGGUGCUGGGAGGAUGGUGGGCUGGAAACGGAGGGAAGAAAGUUUAAUAACUCGUCUGAGAAUAGGUCAUACAGGUCUAAACCUUUCAUUGUAUAAAAUAGGUAAGCACCCAACUGGGAAAUGUACUAAUUGUAAUCAACCAGAAACAGUGGAACAUGUUCUUCUUCAGUGUAGGAAAUAUAAUAUUAAUAGGGAGCACCUCUUUCAGUCACUACGGAAGGCAAAACAUCAUGACGUCUCAUUGUCAGGUCUCUUGGGGAAAACAGCAGUCCAGUUAGUGGCGGUAAUGCACCGUUAAAUGGUUUGCCAACCGCCAUUAAACACCAGAAGAAGAAGAAGAAGACCUGCCGAUCGCGUGAGGACAGACCCGAGCGUACGAUACAUUAACACGGUCAACUCCACCGAUGGAUGAAGAUCUGCGGAUUGUUCUGCUGGGUAAAACUAGAUCAGGGAAGAGUUCGACAGGAAACACUAUACUGGGUCGAGAUGUGUUCAGAGUCAGUAACUAUGCUGGGCCUACAACCACACACUGUUUACAAGAAAGAACGAGGACCGGAGCAAAUCAGAUCUCCGUGAUCGACACACCUGGACUGUUUCACACAGCCAUGAGUGAAAAACACCUGAAGACUGAGAUCCAGAAGAGUUUGCAGAUGUCUGCUCCUGGUCCUCAUGUGUUUCUGCUGGUCAUCAGACUCGGGAGAUUCACAGACGAGGAGAAAAACACAGUCGAGUGGAUUCAGGAGAACUUUGGAGAAGAUGUUAAGAGAUUCACCAUGGUGCUGUUCACAGGAGCCGAUCACUUGAACAAACCUUUAGAAGACUUUCUGCAGGAACACCACGAGCUGCAGAAGUUAGUGGCUGAUUUUGAGGGAAGGUAUCAUGCCUUCAGUAACGUGGAGAACAACGAUCAAACUCAAGUCCGUGAACUGCUGGAGAAAAUCAACCACUCAAUAGUUGAGACGAAUCAAGGAUACUACACCACUGAGAUGUUCAAGAAGACUCGGAGGAAGACAUUCAUGAUAACAUUUCUAAAGAUCAUUGGCGUUUUAACAUUAACAUAUGUAUUGUAUAAAAAAGGGAGAUUCUGGCAGAGAGUGACACAUAUAUGUAACAGUGCUGUUAAAAUCUGAGUAAUAUUUGUCAUUUUUGAGAAAGUAUGCUGUAAAUAAUCAGGGUUCAGAGACUGUGUUUCAAAUCACACCCUACACCCUCAUUCACUAUUCCCUUCAUGAGUUCACUGAUAUAGUCCACCUGACAGAGAGAAUGAACACAAAUGAGUGAAUUCAGACACUGAUCAACAGCUGCUGUAAAGAUUUAAUAAAUCUACAGAUAUAAAUAUUUGCUGUGUAGUAGAAGGCUUGCUUCAGUCAGUAAGAUAAGACACAUGCAUAUGUUGCUUCUUUAUUCAUUCAGCCAUGUGGACAAUCUUAACAUUAUUUUGCAGUAAGACAAUUUAAGAUUAAUCUGAUACUUGAAACUCCUUCUCUGUGAUGAUUUAUUCAGAAGCCCCAUGUUUCUAUGGCAGUUAACACCCCUGAUCUAGCACAUCAAACUAAAUUAGCUUCUUUUUACCAAUGCUUUUCACUUGAGCACAAAGAGCUCUUGAGCAGAUCAGCAUGCACAGUCUGUAUGAGGAAGUCAACAAGAGAGAGUCAUGAAAGUGAAAGUUACCUGAGGCCAAGAAUGGAAGGUGUGUUUGAGGAACGCAUGCAGCGUGUGUGUGUGUGUGUGUGUAGGUGCAUUGUCAAACACUUGUGAUGUUUAGUUUUAUUGUAUUCAUUACAUUAGAGCAAUUUUCAAUGAAACCUCAACGUCCAAACCUCUGUUAAUUCCCAAUAAGAACUUAGACGUCUGACAGAAAUAAAGACAGCUGCUGCUGUUUGUGCAGUUGAAUUUAUCUAAUGCUGUGUGCAAUACGUAAU